CGUGCAAAUACUCGCGUACUGAGCUAAAUCGAGUGUUUAUUCUACUCGGGAGGUGCUUUACUAAUUGAAAUUAUUACACACUGAAUAAUUUAAUUCACACACAGCGAAUUUCAUUCUUGUUUCAAACUCCAAAGGUCAAAGAAUUUUCUCGAAUCACAAAAUUUUCCAAUAAAAUGCAGAAAAUCGCAGUUUUUGGAGGCACAGGCAUGACAGGUCAAUGCGCUGUUCGCCAUGCUCUCGCCCGCAACUUAAAAGUUCGUCUUUUAAUCCGCGACGAAGCAACUGUUCCUGAAGAUUUCAAAGAAAAAGUCGAACUCGUGAAGGGAAACGUCUUGAACUUAUCCGAUUGCAAAGCCACCGUUGCUGGAGUCGAUGCUGUUGUUGUCGUACUUGGCACUCGAAACGACUUGAAAGCAACCACAGACCUUUCGGAAGGCAUGAAAAACAUAAUUGCCGCGAUGAAGGAGGCAAAUUUGAAGAAAGUUUCCGUUUGUUUGUCUGCGUUUUUGUUCUACGAACCGGAAAAGGUCCCAAAAAUCUUCACAGAACUGAAUGCUGACCAUCAACGCGAGUUCGACGCUGUUAAGGCUUCGGAUUUGGACUAUCGUUGUGUGUUGCCGCCUCAUAUUGCGGAUGAACCAUCUGCGGAAUUUGAAGUUAUGCACGACAAAUCGCCCGGAAGAUCAAUUUCCAAACUGGAUUUGGGCAAAUUUUUGGUCGAUUGCUUGGAACAAGAGGAACAUUCGCGAAAAACUAUCGGAUUGGCAACGAAAAAAUAGAAAAUUUAAUUUUUUUAUUAAGUACGGAGGUUAUUUCUUUAUUAAUACAUCUUUGUGGAGCUACUAUCUACUAAAAUUUAAUACGAACUUAAACGUAAGAAAGGACUUUUGAUAAAAUUAAUUCAUUUUGUAAGUAAAUAAUGCACGAAAAUUAAUCAAAUAAACGGAGAUCGAUUAAAAAUA